GUGGUUUCGGUGCUUGCAGCCGAUGAAAAAUGGCUAUGUCGCGCAUGCUCAUUGGCUCGACAUGUAUCGGGCCCGAUAUAGCAACCAAGCCAAGAAUCUGCAGCGGGAGAUGGAGAUAUGGUUUACACACGUUCGUGGAACCAGGAAGAGGUAUUGGGCGGGGAUGGAAUAAAGAUUGUUUUAUACUCGUUGGAGAGCCCGUGCGCGAGGGCGGGGGAUCUGUGUACGAUGGUUGGAUCGCGUCAUAGGGCUUCAAUACUGGUGAUCGGGCGAGCAUUCUUACGUGAUACAGAUGUACCAGCAUGAUAAGCAUGUUAUAUUUAAUCCUGAGGGAUGAAACAAGCAAUACUACCCUACCAUGGCAGAUGACAUGUACGAAACCUUCACCCUGAACGUCCCACCGUCAGAGAGUGAAAUCGACCAGUGGAUCGCCAUCCGCUUACUCGCACUGCAGGUGGACCCAUCUUCCUUUCGAACCACAUACGAGUACGCCAAGAGUAUCUCUCGGGAGAAGCACAUCCAACGAAUCGACUCCCAUGACCAGGUCGCCGUCAUCGUCUCACACAAGGCCACAGGGGAAUGGAUCGCUAUGUCAGGCGUUGCUUCGCCCAAAAUCCUUGCCAAGUUGAACUAUCCGGUACCGGAGGAGGUGUACGAGGGGCGGAAAGGAAGUGGAUACCUGUUCGUGUCGUUGUGGGUUCAUCCGGAGCAUAGGCGACGGGGUCUGGCAAAGAAGAUGUUUGACAGAUGCAUUGAGUGGGCGAGGGGCCACGAUGCCGAUGCUGUGACAGAGAAGUUCGUCGCCAAUGAGGUUUACAGUGACAAUGAGAGCCGGGGGCUGUAUAGAAGGCUAGGAUUGAUUGAGAGAUGCGAGGUCAAGGAACCAGACGGUAACCGAAAUGUUGUUUGGUUGUCGAGAUCCUUGGAUGAGUUAUAGCCUACGGUCUGGAGGUAACAGGGUAGCGUGCCAUCGCCACGAACGUGUAGCCGGGCGGAAUGGGAAAAAAAA